AUGACGGUAGCAAUAGAGUCUAGAAAUAGCCAUAGUAGGUACCGAAACGCCAUGGUGACUGUCAGAGCCGAACCUUACCGAGAGGAGAACGAACGACACCCUGCCAGCCCCCGAGCCGUGUCGGGGGAGCAGCACGAGAGUCAGCACCCAGCGCCGCUGGUCACCAUCCCCCCACACCCCCCAAGCUGGUCACCAUCCCCCGUACCCCCCAAGCUGGUCACCAUCCCCCCGUACCCCCCAAGCUGGUCACCAUCCCCCGUACCCCCCAAGCUGGUCACCAUCCCCCCGUACCCCCCAAGCUGGUCACCAUCCACCCACACCCCCCAAGCUGGUCACCAUCCCCCCACACCCCCCAAGCUGGUCACCAUCCCCCCACACCCCCCAAGCUGGUCACCAUCCCCCCCCACACCCCCCAAGCUGGUCACCAUCCCCCACACCCCCCAAGCUGGUCACCAUCCCCUGUACCCCCCAAGCAGGUUACCAUCCACCCACACCCCCCAAGCUGGUCACCAUCCAUGCUGGUCACCAUCCCCCAUACCCCCAAGCUGGUUACCAUCCCCCACACCCCCCAAGCUGGUCACCAUCCCCCCGUACCCCCCAAGCUGGUCACCAUCCCCCCACACCCCCCAAGCUGGUCACCAUCCCCCCACACCCCCCAAGCUGGUCACCAUCCCCCCACACCCCCCCAAGCUGGUCACCAUCCCCCCAUACCCCCCAAGCUGGUCACCAUCCCCCGUACCCCCAAGCUGGUCACCAUCCCCCCACACCCCCAAGCUGGUCACCAUCCACCCGUACCCCAAGCUGGAUACCAUCCCCCCACACCCCCCAAGCUGGUCACCAUCCACGCUGGUCACCAUCCCCCCCGUACCCCCCAAGCUGGUUACCAUCCCCCCCACACCCCCAAGCUGGUUACCGUGA